AUGCAUGUCACCGCUGCUGUUGCUUAUCUUGUUUUACUGGGCGUUGGCCUGUUCUCCGUCGUGUGUGCGAUACAUCUUCCUACUGGUAAUGACAUUCAUCCUCCCAAACCCGCGCCACCCCUCCCGAAACCGCAUUAUAACCUUCGAGUCUCAUUUUUACCCCAUCCUGAUCUGCCAGGAGAACAUCUUCACGAACAGUCUACGACUCCGGUCUUAGCUGAACAGAUGAAGUUGUUUGCGCGAAACCUCGUCGUAGCGUAUCUGAACCAAAUACGAUAUGAUUCCUUCGGAUGGAAGGUCAAUAAUAUCGGUUGGGAAAAUGAAUUCGAAUUGCAUUCAACUACAUUGGUUCAAUUCAUACUAGAUGAUGACAUUGGAGGUGCACUGUGCCAUCCGUACUGUCUGGGUGUAGUGAAUGUACCGGUUUCCACCCGGCGUGCGCCGAUCUUGGGUACGCUUAGACCAAAUGCGAAAACUUGGGAGGAAGUACUCAAAAUCCAUGAUGCUCGCCAUCGACACUCAACGAGAUGA